AUGGGCGGCUCACGGGGACCGUACGAUGAAAACGCCUCCGACAGCUCCUUGGACUCCACGCGAGCAGGGCGAAGGCGCUGGCAGAGUGAAAACCAGCAAAAAGCCUUAAAUUGCCUCAAAAAGAGAGGUUGUGGGGGGUGGCCAGGUACCCUGGGGGCUUCUGGGGUCCUGUGUCCUGGCUGGCAGUGGGUGCUGGGCCCGGAUGCUUCCUGCUCUGUGGAAGGUGAGUACAGGCAGGUCGCGGCGCUGGAGAGGCAGAUCUUUGAUUUCCUGGGCUACCAGUGGGCACCCAUCCUGGCUAAUUUUUUACACAUCAUGGCCGUUAUUUUGGGUAUUUUUGGGACCAUCCAGUACAGAUCCAAAUACCUCAUGAUGUAUGCGGUGUGGCUGGUGCUGUGGGUCGGCUGGAACGCCUUCAUCAUCUGCUUCUACCUGGAGGUUGGACGCUUGUCGCAGGACCGAGACUUCAUCAUGACCUUCAAUACCUCACUGCAUCGCUCAUGGUGGAUGGAGAACGGGCCAGGCUGCCUGGUGACACCAGUGAUGAACUCCAACCUGGCACCCGAGGACCAUCACGUCAUCACCGUCAGCGGCUGCCUGCUCGACUACCAGUACAUCGAGGUAGUGAGCAGCGCCACGCAGAUAUUCCUGGCGCUCUUUGGCUUCGUCUACGCAUGCUACGUCAGCAAAGUGUUCCUGGAGGAAGAAGACAGCUUUGACUUCAUCGGCGGGUUUGACUCCUAUGGCUACCAGGCGCCACAGAAGACGUCACACCUACAGCUACAGCCGCUCUACACGUGA